GGUAUAAUAUGGGACCUGUCUACACCUGCUUCGACUUUGACAUGUUUCUGACGUAUAGGGAUUAGGUUUCUAAUUGCACGCAACUAGGCCCAUGAUAUAUAAGGCAAUCAGUAACCCUAUCCAAUUAGGGCAAAAGGUGAUCCAAGGAUUACGAAUCUCGGCUACUUUAAUCAAUGGUCCAUUUGGUUUAUUUGAUGAGUGUAUAGUGUAAUAUUGUGGAAGCCACAUUAACAAUGUAAAAGCUAAAGUCAAAAAGAAAACGAAUGCAGUCCAAUUCAAGGAGUAGAUAAGCAAAAUUCAGAGGAUGACAGAGCUUAAAAUGAUGACCAUGACACAAAAGAUCUAUGUUUAGCAGAAAGGAAAAAAUUCAUAAAAAACAGAGAUUGAAACAAGAUGGCUGCCAUAACUACCAAAAACAAUGUACAAACAAUUAGCAACGAGGUGAAAAGUAGACCAGUUAUAUUUGGUUCCCCGUCGAAUAGUUCUAUUAAUGGCCUUCAGAAUAUGUCACCAAGACGGACAUCACUUCCAACAGAGCAACUGCUCAGGUCGAUGCCAUUCUUGAAUCACUUGACCAGACAAAAAGCAAUGAGUCCUUUAUCUUCUCCAAGAUUUUCAGAGGAAACUGAAGGAGGGGCUAUUCAACCAAAUCCCAUAAUUGGUCCACGAACAACACCAUUAGGAAAAGGAUGGGCUGGGAGUCCACGGGCCAGCCCCCGUGCUAGUCCACGUGGGAGUCCCCGGGGAAUUACGUCUUCUGUCAGUACUGGGGAAGAAAGACAGGUUAGUUGAAUCACGGACUUUUUUCUUCAGGUCCGUGGUUGAGUGAUUUAAAUAAUCCGAUCUAAGCCCGACUUCUGGGAGAGUGUUGUGCUCAAAUAAAUUUAUUGUGCUCGGAUAAUUUGAUGUUCCUUUUCUCACUGUGCACUCAUUUGUCUUUCACAUUUUACAUGCUUGGCAUUUUUGAAUAUUGGACGGCCAUAAGAAAAUGGGUCGGUUGAUAUUGUUUCCUUGUAUUUUGGAUGUCUUGUGUUGCUUUAUGCUUUUUCUUUUCCCCGUAAGUCCAAUGGACUUUUCAGGUCCUUUCGGCUUAGCAAUGUAUACUGAAAUUGGGAUGAAUAGACCCCUAUGGUCAAUAGUGUUUAAAUGCAUGUAUUCAAGUCAGU